GGACUUCAGUAACACAGAGACCUUGUGCAGUGAAUACAAAUACUACUGUGAGACAUGCUGCAGCAAGCAGGAGGCCCAGAAAAGGAUGCGUGUGAAGAAGCUGCCUGUGAUCCUGGCCCUGCACCUGAAGCGAUUUAAGUACAUGGAGCAGCUGCACCGAUACACCAAACUGUCCUAUCGUGUUGUCUUCCCUCUGGAGCUCCGCCUCUUCAACACCUCUGGAGACUCUGUCAACCUCGACCGCAUGUACGACCUGGUCGCUGUGGUUGUCCACUGUGGCAGUGGACCCAACAGAGGACACUACAUCACCAUAGUGAAGAGUCAUGGCUUCUGGCUGCUGUUUGAUGAUGACAUCGUGGAGAAAAUCGAUGCCCAGGCCAUCGAAGAGUUCUAUGGGUUGACGUCAGACAUCUCCAAGAACUCAGAGUCUGGAUACAUCCUCUUCUAUCAGUCCAGGGAGUAACUGGAAUAAACACCCAGCCAGAGAGAGAGAAUGAUUGGAACUCUGAACAUGACCCCUCUCUGAGUCAUGUGCCAACGCCAUUCCCUGUCUCACUGCCUUCCCUGGGUCUGCCUGGACUUCAUUU